CAAAACAGUUUCUUGCUCACGUCGGACGAACCGCUUCCGUUUGCAACGCCGCAUUCCGGCCACACCUGCCCGUGCCCGAGCCCCGACUCGCUCCGCCGCCCGGCCCGCCGGAGGAGGACCCCGCGCUCAGCCGCCCCAGCAAGCCAUGUCCGAGGAGGAUUAUUUGUGUGUGAAGACUGAGGAAGAGGAUGAAGCAGUGAUUAUGGACCAUGGAGAAAAUGGACUGUCCACACAAAGCUGCAUGCCAGUGCAACAAAACUCUGAAGCAAACAGUGCUGUUCACCACAUGGGUCAACUUGCCUAUGGAAGCGAAGGCUUGCCAGUGCUUGCUGAUCAAACGGCCUCACAAAUGAGCCAUUCUGCAAUGAUGCAGAGAGGAAAUGGUCACAGCCCUGAAAAAAUGGAUUUUGUGUUUUUGCGUAAUAAAAGAAAACGACUUUCUCCUGCUGUAGUGGAACACAAUGUGAUGAGAACCAGGGAAGAAGAAUAUGAAGAUAGUGACAGUAUAAUUUAUGAGUAUGAACCAGACUAUGAAUGUGAGAGCAUUUUAUCUGAAGCUUCCUAUACUGGAUAUCAGGAGAAUCCUCUUAUGGAGAUCCUCAGUUAUUGCCAGGCCAUGUAUGAUGCCAUUCAGAAGUUGGAUAAAAAAUUUGAUCUGCUUCAUCGUAAGGUCUCGGAAAUGCAGCAUACUCGUAUAAAGCCAUUGUUGCUCAAACCUAAACCAGUUGGAUUUAAAUACAGAAGUUCCAGUCAUCUACACCCAGGAAAAAUAAGAGUACAAAAACACAUGGAAAGGGAUUUAAGUCUUCAUCUUUCUUCAUCAGGCCAGGGAGGGCAUAGCCCAGUUGUAAGGGUUGCUUUACAAAAUGGCCACGUUCAAGUCAAUUCCAAAGUGAAACAUGCCCAGCAGAGCUUCCAGCUUGAAUCUCAGCAGCCUGAGCAGCCUGUUGGAAGGGAGAGCCCACCACUCCCCACUAUAGUUUCUACACAUUCAUUGCAUUCAUCAUACACAGCAACUAAUGGAAUGCCUGACCUUUCACCACAAUCAAAUCUUGCUCCCAGUAUUGUGGAAAGUACUGUCAACUUUGCAUCUUCACCAGUGGCAUCCCCAUCAAUACCAGCACCAUCUGAGCCCAGUAAUGAAAAUAAUGCUGUGGAGUUGAACUACAGAAAUACAUCUGAGGAUGUGAAUAUUAGUGAAGAACUACCAUCUUCUUCAGUCUUCAUCAAUCCUAACUUUGAGUUUGUUGGUGAUCCAGCAAGAAAUGUAAAAGUUCUUGGAAACCAUUUGUUGAAGGCUCAGCAAAAGACUAAACCCAAGUAUGCAGCGCGCCACUUGGUUCGUGUCUUGUUCCCCAAGAAGACUUUAUUGUGCAGCAUUAUGGGAGCAAGUGCACGAGGGCGCAGGACAUUGGACCCAAACAAAAUUGCUGCAAUAAGAGAGUUUCUUGCAACCAACUUUCCAACCUAUGAUUUGAGCGAGCAUGGAAAAGACUGGAAGACCUGUAUCACAAAUGUCAAUGCUAUGAUCCGCUGUUUACGCUCUGAAACCAAAGCAAACUCAGCAAGUUCGCCGAAGGAGACAGCUGAGGGAAAAGAAGAAAUGACUGAUGCUCCUGAUACAUCUCAUUGGGUAGAUUUAAAUUAUAAAGAAGAUAGUGGAGACAAUUCUCAAAACUCUCAGAAAAUGACUGGCUCCACAACUGACACAUUGCAGAAUUCAGGACUGGAUAAGUUUCCAGAAGCUUUCCACAUAUCUUCGGUCAAGAAACAACAGUGUUUGGAACCAAUGGAACCUCUUGGGAGCCCAUGGCGCAAUGUUCAGUUGCCUUUCUCAGUCAUUUAUGUCGCUAAGGGGAAGACACGGCCAGAGUUGUCAGCUCGCUUCCUAAUUCGUCAUAUGUUCCCUGAAGAAGUGCUGGUGAAAAGCAACGUGUAUGGUAGUCUUGAUCGUGGCAUGAGCCCACUGGAUUCCAAUAAAAUUAAUGCUCUCAGAGACUUUCUUCAAGAGAAUUUUCCAUCCUUUGAUCUAAAUGAAAGUGGAUUUGAUUGGAAGGCAUGCGUGGCUGCCAUAAACAGCACAAUCCGCAGUCUCAGACACGAGCUUAAAAAGGCUACGUCUGGAAUCCGGCAGAGGGCCCUGGCAGUGCCGCCCUUGAGGGCAGAGUCCCCCAAAGAAUCCCACUUCCGUAAAGCCAGUGGAAAGCAACACUCUCAUCUCAAAAGUUGAAGCUCUCUAACAGCUGUCUCAAAUCUUAAUUUAGCAGGUUUUUAUUAAUUCUGUGUAGAAGCCUGUAACAUCAAGCUGUCCUAUUCAGCUGAGUUGUCAGCAGCACUAAAUAAUAUCACUUCAUGAGACCAAAGUUAGCAGAAGACUUGGGAGCCCUAACUCUUCGCAUAAGUAGUGUUUGUGCUCCUCAGAAAUAAUUUUCACUGUUCCCUAUAGCAUUUGCAAUGUGCUCUCUCCUAAAAGCAUCUUACUCUCAUGAUUCAUUGAAUCUGAAAGAUUAAUCUGAUUAGAAAAGAUGCACUGUGCAUCAGUUCAGCAGAAGCAGAUGGAAAAGAGGAGAGGAAAGAGUGGUCCUCCUUGGAGGAUGAAUCACAGCCAGCUAAAUUAUCUCAUUAUGUGUGAGGAAUUAAAUUUGCUUUGACAAUUGGAUAUCUUCAGCAAAAAUAUCAGAAAGGAAAAAAUCUUUUAAAUUGCAUUUUGUUAACUUGUUGUAUCUGGACUUGAUGAUCUUGGAGGUCUUUUCCAACCUAUGAUCUCUCACAUUUUUGCCUGCUAUAGCAGUCUUUUUUGUAGGAUAAGAGGCAGACAACAGUGUAAGUACAGCUGGUAAUACUGCUUUGCUCUGAUUUAGCUCUAUAAAAAGGACAAAAAAACCAUCCAAAACAAACAAUCCAAUGGUUGGUUCUGUUUUUUCUUAAUGAAAUUUAAGGAAAAUACUUCUUCAGGAUCCUGGACUCCACCAUUUUGUGGUUAUUGCAGCUGAGGCUUCACAUUUUCAGCAAAUCCCUUGUUGUAGGUGCAUAUGAGGUCCAGAAAAGCACCUCUCUGUCAAUAAUAAAUGUUCAUGCCUUUGCCUUUCCUUUCUGUCCACAUAAGACUCAGAUUUAUUAGUGCAGUAAGUUAUAUAUUUUAAAAAAAAGAACAAACCAAACAAGCUAAUUUUAACAAACUAAUUUUCAAAAUCACUUGGAUGUUGAACUCUUAAAAAUAAAUAAAAAUUAAUUACCGUAUAUAUUCAAUUUCACAUCUUGCUCAGUUUCAUUUGUAAGUUAAAAUUCAACAGUAGUACCUGUACAGAAGUUAAUGGGGUUUUUUGUUGGGUAGGUUCUUUGGUAUUUUUUUGUUCAUUUGUUUUCAAAAGAGGAAG